AUGGAUACCAUAUUGCGCUAUUUUGCGUACAACUUAAGUGAUCAAUUUGUUUACUGCAAAGGAAUUCUUAGUGCAAGUAUUUUUGAAGAAAAAUGUGAAAAGGUUGCAAGUUUAAUCAAACGCGAACAGUAUGAGACACCCGACUUGCAAAUUUUGUCGACGACAGAAGACCAUCAAAAUUCGUGGUCACAUAAGAAAUAUACAAAACGACUUGAAAAUCGCAUAAUACAAAGUGAAUCCAAAAUGAAUCUUCUAGAAGAUAACAGCAAUUUGCCUAAAAGGCAGAAUUAUAUCAGCGACAGCAGUGAAGACCAUGGUGAUACACAUGACAACGUAAGCCAAAUUGUUGAAGAAAUGGAUAAUCCGAUAAAAAAUGCUUCGACUUUACCAAGAGCUAAAAGCACUCCGGAGAGAAUUGUGAGAAGCUUAGAGAGUCGUGAUGAUGAUCCUAGUGAAACCGGCAGCCAUGAAUUCAUACAACACCGAGUUCGGCAUUUAAUCCGCCGUUUUACUGAGAGGGCACAUCGAAUGCGGAAACAUCUCGAUGAUGUUCCACCAACUCCAUCCAGCCCGUCAAGUCCAAGCUCGUCCAGUCAUGCACCCAGCCCGGAGAAGCAGGUUCCGAAGGUGCAGGUGCCACUGGUACAACCUGAAACACCUAUUAAGAGGCCAGAUUGCAAAGCGAUUAUGGAUAGCUUGAAACCAAAUAAGGCGUUAGAUCCACAGGGAUAUGUAUACAUAGGAUGGCUCUUCAUAGUGACCACAUGCUACGUCUACAACGCUUGGGUUGUACCACUGCGAGCAUCUUUUCCUUUCCAAACACCUGAAAAUAGACAUUUAUGGUUCAUAUUCGAUUAUUUUUCUGAUAUAGUAUACCUUAUCGAUGUAGUUUUCUUUAAACCUCGUCUUAUAUAUUUGUACGAAGGAUUUUGGGUCGAAGAAAUCUCUUUGACGAGAAAAAACUAUAUGAGAAAAAUACAAUUUAAGUUGGACGUAUUAUCUAUACUGCCUUUGGAUUUAUUAUACUUUUACUAUGGAACUGGAGCUGUGAUCUUGCGAUUUCCUCGACUGUUGAAGCUGCAAACAUUUUGGGAGUUUUACAGAUUAUUGGACAGGGUUCUAGCAUCGCCACAUUUUGUGCGUGUCGUCCGAACUCUUACCUACAUGUUGUACAUGAUCCACCUGAACGCCUGUGCAUACUACGCCUAUAGUGCCUACGAAGGCAUCGGCUCUAACCGCUGGGUGUUCAGUGGAAAAGGUCACCCGUACGUCAGGUGUUUUGCGUUCGCCACCAAGACGGCAACCUCGAUUGGCAAGAAUCCGAAGCCGGACAACGACAGCGAGUACGUGUUUAUGACCGUUGCAUGGUUGAUGGGCGUCUUUGUUUUUGCCUUGCUGAUAGGACAGAUCAGGGAUAUUAUUGCGACUGCGACAAGGAUGCAAUCUGAUUACCGUAAACUUCUAGAUGAAACAUUAGAGUAUAUGCGACGACUAAAUGUGCCUCAAAAUCUACAAAAACGCGUAAAAACAUGGUUCACAUACACUUGGGAAACUCAACACACACUCAACGAGAGUUUAAUAUUGGAUUCGUUGCCUAUUAAUUUAAAAAUGGAUAUAGCAAUAAAUGUACAUAUACAGACUUUAGCAAAAGUGCGUUUAUUUGCGGAUUGUGAUGAAGCACUCUUGAGAGCGCUAGUAUUAAAAUUAAGAUCUGUGAUAUAUCUACCAGGAGAUUAUGUUUGUCGGAAAGGAGAAGUUGGAAGAGAAAUGUAUAUAGUCAAAACUGGACAAGUACAGGUUAUCGGUAACAGAAAUGAGGUCCUAGCUACAUUAUAUGAAGGAUCAGUCUUUGGAGAAAUAAGUCUGCUAGCAGUCAAUACUACAGAAGGUGGAAAUAGGCGUACAGCAGAUGUCAGAUCGCGUGGAUUUUCUAAUUUAUUUGUCCUGGACAAGGAUGAUUUGAACACAGCCUUAGAAUUAUAUCCAGACGCUCAAGAAAUUUUAAGGAAAAAAGCGCGAUCAUUAAUGAGAAAAAAUGCAGCUCGUGAAAGAGAGGAAAAAAGAAAAGAAAGAAUUUUACCAGAACCUGAAGUUGUCAUCAGCAACCCAGAAGAACCGAACGCCCCGCCCAAAUUGCUUCAGGCAGUUAUACAGGCUUUACCUGAAAAUUCUGGAGCUUCACAACUCCUGCGACAUGGUUCACGCAGGGCUCCUAAGAAAAACCAAAUCGACAUUGAACCAAUUGGCACUGUAAUUAAAUCAAAUUUUGCCGAAAAACAAUUAAAAGGUCAGGGCAAUAUUUCUUUUGAAUGCAACGUCACAGUACAUAGAGAAAUGUGA